ACAUUAGCGACUCCAAAGGCAGGUGUUUUGUGGUUUGUUGUCAGUUCUUGGAAUACCGAACCUUUUUUUUCUCAAAAAGUUAAGCUACUUUUCUAAAAGUGAAGGCGAUUUUUCAAUAAUCGGCAAACGUCUGAAGAUGUGGAGAGAGCCGCUGAGGUGAUCCGACGAAGUUAGUGCUCUUGAGUUUUGUGCUGUGUCGGAACGAAAUAAGUGGAUAAACCAUUCCUCCGUCUCUGACCCUAUUUUGGGGUUCACCGCUUUUCUAGGCUAUGCCAGCUUACCUUAUGAACGUUUAUACAUGAUUUAUAUAUUGAAAUACAAGCAAACUAUUUGUCGGAUUACGUUUUAAAACGGUUUUUAACCAGGAGUUUUUCAUUAUAUACGAUUAUUCCACCCGUUUAAAAUGGACGUUUCCUCCUCUUGUAGAUGACAGUUCGUGUAUGAAAUGAGAAAGUUGGCUUUCAUUAAUUUUAGGUGUCAAUUUAAUUUGGGAGCCUAGUUUUUCUUUCUUUUUGAAUUUUUUUGUUUUCGACGAAACAAGAAAAAAAAAGGGAAGCUUUCAUCUUACUCAGUAAGAAAGUCUGUGACGAGAUGAAUUUCACUCCAUUUGGUACUACGUUCAGUGGCGCUUUGCCAACGACAGGCGGUGCGGUGGCACAGUUCACGACGGCUAAGUUUGCUCACCAGGUCGGAAGCGGAGGUGGGCAGGUCGUCGGGCUCUUGUCGUCGGAUGAUGCCGGGGUCACGUAUCUCAGACCUGUUGACGCCAACGGUUUCACAUUGAACCUCGCCCAGCAGUCAACUGGGAACAACUCGGACAACAACCCCCAGAUUAUCACACUUCCUAUAAGUGUGCCUGGUGCUAAACCAGGGGAUCUUCCUCAGCAGCAAACCCUUCAGAUACAGGUUGUAAAUCCAGGAGGCGGAGCUGGAGGCGCGGGUGGUGAGAAAUACACAGCAGUGCCGAUAUCGAUACAGCCCUUCCAGCAAGGAGGAGCGACAGUCCUUACAGUUGCGUACAGCAAUGCUCAUCAAGACCAGGGAGACGCCAUCCAAUUGCAGCUCCAGACGGCAGAUGGCGAGCAUGUAAAUCAGCAAACUAAUAAUAACAACAACAGCUCUUCAGGCAACAGUGGAGAAGCUACAUCACAAACUACAAUACAUUCUGAUGAAAUUCAUGUUGAUGAGACUGGGUGGGAUGCACAGGUGUUGCCCGAUGUAAAACCAAUGACGGGCGAAGAAGGACAAGAAGGCGGGAACCAAGCUUUUCCAGUGGCACUUGUUACACACCUGCCACCAGAUUUAAUCCUAAGGACAGAAGAGACUAUCACAGGGGACAAAGAAGAGAAUUCUGAUAAAGACAAGAAUAAUGAAAAAAGAGAAAAUGAAACUGGAGAGGCAACUACAUUUACAACUACAGGGACAAGUGUGGCAAGCCAGUGGCAGUCGCUUGCUGUACCCACAACAGCUAUGGCCGAUUACCUAUCCAGACUCCCUUCCACAGGCCUUCCAUUAUCAUUGCAUCAUUUCCUAAAGUUCUCCGCUGAGACAAUAAAGCGAGAAUCGGCUAUUGAAUCAUCACCUCUUAAUCCAGAUGGUGAACAGGGUACUGAAGAAGGAGUUGAUGAACCUCAAGUUCCCAUUGCCGAACUCACUGAUGAUUCAAAAGGCGGCAAGAAGAAAAAGAAAUACAAGAAAAAACCACCAAAGCCUAGGAGACCUAGACCUGGGCAAGUUCACAUAGCUGUAGCAUUAGAUGGAACCACUCUCUUCUGUUGCCCCGAAUGUAACAUGGCCUACCCAGAUAAGGAAAUUUUAGAACAACAUCUUGUUGCCCAUAAAAUUGAACGGAGAUUCAUUUGUGAUAUCUGCGGAGCCGGUCUGAAGAGAAAAGAACAUUUAGAGAGGCACAAGCUAGGCCAUAACCCAGAACGACCUUACAUCUGUUCUGUCUGUUGUAAAGGUUUCAAAAGAAAAGAACAUCUAAAUUUACACUUUGUUAUACAUUCUGGUGAAAAGAGCGAAGUUUGUCCUGAAUGUGGAAAAGGAUUCCAUAGAAAAGAUCAUUUACGAAAACACGCUAGAUCACACUUGGCAAAACGAGUCAAGGAAGAGCCAGUGACACACACUCUCGUAGAGGAGGGUGUCAUCUCUGAUAGUGGGACUCUACAAGCGUCGGCGGCGACUGAAAACAACGAGACCCAGUCUAUCAUUCUCCACCAGCAAGCUACCCAGAGCCAACAUUGAGUAGAGAAUUUUAUAUUUUCCCAUAUAUUAAUUUUCAUAUUUUUAACAAUAGGACACUUCCAGGAGAUAAACCCCAACAUUGGUACUACAUUCCAAUGUAAAUCACAUGGACUUAUAAAAAUUUUUUUAAAUUGUUUGUCAACAGUCGGCUGGAUGUAUAUACUUAAUUAUUGUCUUUGGUUUGUCAGGAUGUAUUUUUUACAUUGUACAUAUAUAUUAUUCAAACUAAUGUUCCAUAAUAUGAUGGUUUUAAAGAAAAAUAAGAGAGACGUAAUUGUGAAGUCUAAAAUAUACAAACAACUUAGCAGUCUACAGCAUCAAAAGGAGAUCCUUUCCCUUCUGUCUGUAAUAUAUAAAAAGAAACAAAAUACAUGAAAUGAAUUUAGGGAGAAAAUGUUGCAUUUGAGCCUCUUAGGAAAAAAAAAAUAAGGCAUCGGAUACAGUCCACUGUUAUUAACUUGUUUUGAAAUAUUGAUGUAGAAGUUAUCCAUCCACUUCCCUGAGAAAUGUAUUGCCAAGGUUAAUAAUACAGCUUCGUUUUGCUCCCUGACAGUCACCAAUGAAAACCAAACAAUAAUUACCUUUUUAAUCAAUACUGAGAAAUUAAUGACAGAGAAAGUACAAAAAAUAAAGUUGCUUUAUAACUGGGUGGGCAUGUUUUGAUUGUGGCAGCUGUAAGUAGAUUGAAGAUAUCAUACUUCUUAAGACAAGUUUCGAUGACUUUGUAAAAGUUUUUUUUUCUUCUAAUGAUCAGAAGGGGUAUAAAAACAUUGCCUAUGGUUAAAUUAUGACAAAAAAAUUUUAACCCUCCUGUUGUACAUACAAUUAUAUAUAAAAAAUUGCUGAAUAUUUAUACAAAAUAUUUAACAAUAAAAGAGGAAAAGUAGUCACUUUCAAUAAAGUGCUUUUCUUUAUAAACAGUCUUGGACUGCAAUUUUGUUUUUUGUUUUAAUUAAUUUUCUUUUUGAAGCCGCAGCAAGUGUUUCACGACAGAAUUAAUCGAACUAUGGCGGUUAAAUUGAUUCUAUCUAAAAAUUGUUAAAUUGCGGCAAUAGUUAUAAUAUAUCUUGGUAACAUUGAAUUGAAAUAUAUAAAAGUUUUAUACUAUGCAAUUUGUGAUUUUGCAUACAUAUAUUGUAUAUGAUUAAAUUGAACAAAUUAUUGUUUUCUUAAAUUUGUUUAGUUGGGGGAUGAAGUGGAUUAAUUUUUAUAAUACUUUAUUGAUUUUGGAACAAGAAGGCAUAGAUUUUAAUUAUUUCACCAUUCAAAAAUAAAAUACAAAUCCUUAAAGAGGAUAAUUUUUUAGUAGCAGUAAUCGUUGUUGGUUAAUUGUUUAGAAAUAUAUAAUGUACAAAUUUAUCAUUUUCCAUUUAAACUCUUACAGAUAUUGUUAGGGGUUUUGACCUUCUAUUAUUUUGAUACGGAAUGUCUUCAAAUGAAAAAAUAUCUAUACCUGUAAAUUACAAAAGACACUUUAAUUGAAAAUAAAAUUCUUGUUCCAAUAGCAUUUAAAUAUUUAACAUUUGUAAAAUUCAUUCUUUAUUAAUAAAGUUACGAUGGAAAUCAAUUGUUUAUUACUUUUUCGGUUAUGUUCACCUCUUGUACUCGUCUUCCUAGCUGAAAUAUAAAUGAAAAAAAAAAGAGUAGUGUUUAUUCAAUAUUUAGUUUUGUAAAUGAAAUGUUUGAAAGUAAUACUUGUAUUCAGCGGGAUGCACACAAUGAGAAAUUAUUCAUUUUCAUUAAGUCUUUCCCAACUUUAAUACUAGGAAAAGAAAGCAACCUGCUAAUGAAAUUUGAAAGUAAAAUUUAAAAAAUAAAUAAUGUUAUAAAUGAAGUUAUAUUUUUAUAAUAAAUAAAAAUUAUUGUAUAAAAAAAACAGAACUUUGUUUUUAAGAAAACAGUGUUUUAUGCGUUUUAUAUAGGUGUAGAGGUAAUCUGCAUAAACAAAAAAAGAGGGAAAAUGUAAAUAUUUUUAAACUCAUCUACUUGUACAGAAUAGCAUUUCUUAUUAGUUCUUGAUGUAAAAUGAGUGAACCUCCAAAUCAAGACAAAACAGUGUGUAUGAAAAACUAUUAAAAAAAGUAAAAAAAAAAAAAAA